AAGCUUGGGAUUACAUCGCUCUCCUUCCCAGCAUCACUUUGCCUGGAUGAGUAGACCUCCUGCCGGUCAUUAUGGCUUUAGUAGUUCACCUGAAGACGGUCACCGACCUACGGGGAAGAGGGGAUAAGAUCGCCAAAGUGACAUUCAGAGGGCUGUCGUUUUACACUCGCGUGUUAGAAAAUUGCGAGGAUGAGGCCCGGUUUGAUGAGACCUUCCGUUGGCCGAUUGCCAGCAACAUAGAUGGCAACGAAAUGCUGGAAAUCCAAGUGUUUAACUACAGCAAAGUGUUCACUAACCGAUUGAUCGGAACAUUCCGUAUGGUUCUUCAGAAAGUGGUCGAAGAAGCACAACUCGAAGUAACAGACACUCUCAUCGAUGACAAUAAUUCCGCCAUCCGGACCAGCGUUACCGUAGAGCUCCGAUAUCAAACUAUGGAUGGAUCUGUGGGAGCCUGGAAUGACGGGGAAUUCAUGGAUAAUUCCAACAUGACUGCCGCUGAUGGCAAUUACCUCUUUGAAACGGACAGCCUGCUAUCUGCCAAUAGCCAGAACUCAGCUGUGUCCCCGGGAAGGUCCCACCAGAGCCUGAACUUCAGAAGAGUCGGUAAAGGAGUAUUUUCUGCAAUGAAGCUUGGAAAGACACGUCCAUCGAAGGACGAUAAUAAAAGACAAGAUGAACCUGCGGUUCUUGAAACAGAAGACCUGGACAGGAAGGCCAUCCGCCUGGGUGGGGGUCUGGACCCAGACACUAUAUCCCUGGCCUCGGUCACUGCUGUCACAACCAAUGUGUCUAAUAAGAGGUCAAAACCUGAUAUUAAAAUGGAGCCAAGCGCUGGGCGACCGAUGGAUUACCAGGUUAGCAUCACAGUGAUCGAGGCACGGCAGCUUGUAGGAUUAAAUAUGGACCCAGUAGUUUGUGUGGACGUUGGAGAUGAGAAGAAGUACACAUCAAUGAAAGAAUCAACCAACUGCCCUUAUUACAACGAGUACUUUGUGUUUGACUUUCAUGUCCCUCCAGAUGUAAUGUUCGACAAAAUAAUCAAACUGUCCGUCAUUCAUUCUAAGAACCUACUGCGAAGCGGAACGUUGGUCGGAUCCUUUAAACUUGAUGUUGGAACUGUCUACACUCAGCCAGAGCAUCAAUUUUAUCACAAAUGGGCGAUUCUCUCAGACCCAGAUGACAUCACAGCUGGGGUCAAAGGUUAUCUCAAGUGCGACGUUGCGGUAGUUGGAAAGGGGGAUAAUAUAAAGACCCCACAUAAAGCCAAUGAGACAGAUGAGGAUGACAUUGAAGGGAACUUGCUCCUUCCUGAUGGGGUUCCACCUGAACGACAGUGGGCUCGAUUUUAUGUCAAGAUUUUCCGAGCUGAAGGUUUGCCUAGAAUGAACACAAGCAUCAUGGCUAACGUGAAGAAAGCGCUCAUCGGGGAGAACAAGGACCUGGUGGAUCCAUAUGUACAAGUUUACUUUGCAGGCCAAAAGGGUAAGACAUCGGUGCAAAAGAGCAGCUAUGAACCGAUGUGGAAUGAACAGAUUAUCUUCACGGAAAUGUUCCCACCACUAUGCAAGAGGAUGAAAGUACAAAUCCGGGACUCGGACAAAGUGAACGAUGUAGCCAUUGGAACUCAUUUUAUUGAUCUACGUAAAAUCUCUAAUGAAGGAGACAAAGGUUUUCUUCCCACGUUUGGCCCCGCAUGGGUAAAUAUGUAUGGUUCGACUCGUAAUUACACGCUAAUGGAUGAACACCAAGAUUUAAAUGAGGGACUUGGAGAAGGUGUCUCGUUUCGUGCUCGGUUGCUGUUGAGCCUUGCUGUCGAAAUUUUAGACACAACGUCUCCUGAACUGACCAGCUCCACAGAUGUGCAAAUUGAAGGUGCUCCACCAGUGGCUGAUAACUGCACUGGAAAAAUGGAGGAAUUCUUUCUGUUUGGGGCCUUUCUAGAAUCCACCAUGAUCGACCGGAGGAGUGGAGAUAAACCAAUGAACUUUGAAGUUACUAUAGGUAACUAUGGCAAUCAAAUUGAUGGUACAACUAAGCCCAGCACGCGGAAGAAAAAAGAUGGAGGGGAUGGAGUAGAGGAAGAGUCUGAGCUUUUACAGAAUUCAAGCGAAGAUGAGGGAGAUGAUGAUGGAGAGAUGCAAUCAGUCUCUUCAACCCCAGCAAUGAAACCACUUGUAACGGACAGGAACUACUUCCAUUUACCGUACUUUGACAAAAAGCCAUGCAUCUAUAUCAAAAGCUGGUGGCAAGAUCAAAGGAGAAGACUUUACAAUGCUAACAUCAUGGACAAGAUCGCGGACAAAUUGGAGGAAGGUUUAAAUGAUGUCCACGAGAUGAUGAAAACCGAAAAGGCGUAUCCAGAAAGGAGGCUGCGCGGAGUUCUGGAGGAACUCAGCAGCAGCUGUUUCCGGUUUGUCACCCUUGCAAAUAAAGACCUUGGUCAGAAUGGCCGAACUAAACUGGACAGAGAGAGACUGAAGUCUUGCAUGAGAGAACUGGAAAACAUGGGCACUCAAGCCAAGACCUUGAGAUCACAAGUAAAGAAAAACACAGUGAAGGACAAAAUGAAACUGGUCCAGAAUUUCCUACAGAAGUUGCGAUUCCUUGCUGACGAGCCUCAGCACAGCAUCCCCGAUAUCUUCAUAUGGAUGAUGAGUAACAAUAAACGCAUCGCGUACGCUCGCAUUCCAUCCAAAGAUAUCCUCUACUCUAUUGUGGAUGAAGAGACUGGAAAAGACUGUGGAAAAGUCAAGUGUGUCUUCCUCAAGUUACCAGGCAAACGAGGAUUCGGCCCCGCAGGAUGGACAGUGCAAGCCAAAAUGGAAGUCUACCUGUGGCUGGGCCUUAACAAGCAGCGUAAAGACUUCCUGUGCGGCCUCCCAUGCGGGUUCGAGGAAAACAAAGCUGUAAAGGGACCAGGCCUGCAGUCCUUUCCACCAAUAAGCCUCGGCUACACAAAGAAGCAGGUUUUCCAGCUGCGGGCACACAUGUACCAGGCGCGCAGCCUGUUUGCAGCAGACAGCAGUGGUCUAUCCGAUCCCUUUGCUCGUGUCUUCUUCAACACGCAGAGCCAGUGUACAGAGGUGCUGAACGAGACCCUCUGCCCAACCUGGGACCAACUUCUGGUGUUUGACAACAUAGAACUCUAUGGAGAAGCCAAUGAGAUGCGAGAUGACCCUCCAAUCAUUGUCAUUGAAAUCUAUGACCAAGAUACAGUGGGAAAAGCCGAUUUCAUGGGUAGAACCUUUGCCAAGCCAUUAGUGAAGAUGUCCGAUGAGGGAUAUUCUAGUCCGCGCUUCCCACCACAGCUGGAGUAUUACCAGAUAUAUCGGGGGAAUUCCACAGCUGGAGACCUCUUGGCAGCCUUUGAACUCCUACAGAUUGGCUCAGGAGGUAAAUCUGACUUACCACCAAUUGAUGGACCAACGGACCUGGAGAGAGGACCAAUCCUGCCUGUUCCUCUGGGAAUUCGACCUGUGCUGAGCAAGUACAGAGUGGAGAUUCUUUUCUGGGGACUGAGGGAUCUCAAGAGGGUAAAUCUAGCACAGGUGGACAGGCCACGAGUUGAUAUUGAAUGUGCUGGAAAAGGGGUCCAGUCAGCAUUGAUCCAGAAUUACAAGAAGAAUCCAAACUUUAGCACGCUUGUCAAAUGGUUUGAGGUGGACUUACCAGAGAAUGAACUACUCCAUCCACCUCUCAAUAUCCGGGUGGUGGAUUGUAGGGCGUUUGGCAGAUACACAUUGGUGGGAUCGCAUGCCGUAAGCUCACUGCGGAAAUUUAUCUACCGCCCCCCUGAUAAGAAAUCUCAGCAGUGGAACACAGCAGUUAAAUUGAUGAAUGGAUAUUUGGCACUGGCCAAUGGCGGGCCCUACUCUCGCCCCACAGGUGAAAUAGUUGUCAACAUGGAGCCAGAAGUUCCCAUCAAGAAAAUGGAAACUAUGGUGAAACUGGAGGCUAAUUCUGAUGCGGUUGUUAAAGUAGAUGUGAAUGAAGACGAGAAGGAAAAAAAGAAGAAGAAAAAGAAAGGUGAAGAGAUCGAAGAGGAGGAACCGGAUGAGAGCAUGCUUGACUGGUGGUCAAAAUACUUUGCUUCCAUUGAAACUCUGAAAGAGCAAUUGCGCCAACAAGAGGCAGCAGCGGCAGAAGCCGAGGAGAAAGAAGAGAUGGAGAUUGCGGAGGGCUCCAAGGGACAAGUGAAGAACAAGGACAAAAUGAAAGUCCCCAAGGAGGACAAGAAGAAGAAGCUGCUGGCUGAGCAGGCAGAAAAGAAGAACAAGCAGAAAAUCGAUGAAUUAAAGGUGUUCAAUAAGGAACUUGAGAUGGAAUUUGACAACUUUGAAGACUGGUUACAUACGUUUAACUUAUUGCGAGGGAAGACGGGGGACGAUGAUGAUACCAUGAGUGAGGAGGAACGUAUAGUGGGAAGAUUUAAAGGCUCAAUGUGUGUCUAUAAAGUGCCCUUACCUGAUGACAUAACUAAGGAAGCUGGAUACGACCCAAAUUUUGGCAUGUUUCAAGGCAUUCCCAAUAACGACCCAAUUAAUGUCCUCGUUAGGGUGUAUGUAGUACGGGCAACAGACCUUCAUCCUGCCGACAUCAAUGGAAAAGCAGAUCCAUACGUUGUUAUAAAACUGGGAAAAACAGAAAUAAAAGACAAAGAGAACUACAUAUCCAAGCAGCUCAAUCCCGUCUUCGGAAAAUCAUUCGACAUUGAAGCCACAUUUCCCAUGGAAUCAAUGCUGACGGUGGCCGUGUAUGACUGGGACUUGGUGGGAACAGAUGACUUGAUUGGAGAAACCAAGAUAGACCUUGAAAACCGCUAUUACAGCAAGCAUAGGGCGACUUGCGGCAUUGCACAGAGUUAUGCCAUUCAUGGCUAUAACAUGUGGCGGGACCCAGUGAAGCCAACGCAGAUAUUGUCCAAGCUUUGUAAGGAAGGAAAGGUUGAUGGACCUCACUUUGGACCUGGUGGAAGAGUAAAAGUCACAAACCGUGUGUUCACUGGUCCCACAGAAAUUGAAGAUGAAAAUGGUCAGAAGAAACAGACCGAUGAACAUUUGGCUCUCUCCGUUCUCCAGCACUGGGAAGAGAUCCCACGUGUGGGGUGUAGACUGGUUCCAGAACAUGUUGAAACCCGACCGUUACUAAACCCAGAUAAACCUGGCAUUGAGCAGGGUCGCUUAGAGAUGUGGGUGGAUAUGUUCCCCAUGGACAUGCCGGCUCCAGGACCUGCCCUUGAUAUUUCACCGAGGAAGCCAAAAAGAUACGAGCUUAGAGUGAUAAUAUGGAAUACCGAUGAGGUAAUCCUGGAAGAUGAUGAUUACUUCACAGGAGAAAAAUCUAGUGACAUUUUUGUCAGGGGGUGGCUCAAAGGGCAACAAGAGGACAAGCAAGAUACCGAUGUACACUAUCACUCCCUUACUGGGGAGGGAAAUUUCAACUGGAGGUUUCUAUUCCCGUUCGAUUAUCUGGUGGCUGAGGAAAAGAUUGUCAUCUCAAAGAAAGAGUCCAUGUUCUCAUGGGAUGAGACAGAGUAUAAGAUUCCAGCUCGUCUUACGAUGCAAGUCUGGGAUGCCGAUCACUUCUCUGCGGAUGAUUUUCUCGGUGCAAUUGAAUUAGACUUGAAUCGUUUUCCCCGAGGAGCAAAAACAGCAAAACAAUGUUCGAUAGAUAUGGUGGCCCCAGAUGUCGAUUUGCCGAUGGUCUCUAUCUUCAAACAGAAGAGGGUCAAAGGAUGGUGGCCAUUUGUUGCCAGGAACGAGAACGAUGAGCUGGAACUGACUGGCAAAGUCGAGGCAGAGCUCCAUCUCCUGACUGCAGAGGAGGCAGAGAAAUGUCCUGCAGGACUGGGGCGUAAUGAACCCGAUCCACUUGAAAAACCAAAUCGGCCUGACACCUCCUUCAUCUGGUUUCUCAACCCACUUAAAUCCAUCAAGUACCUCAUCUGUAAUCGCUACAAGUGGCUCAUCAUUAAGAUUGUCCUGGCGUUGCUACUAUUGGCUAUGGUGGCGCUCUUCUUGUACAGCAUGCCUGGUUAUAUGGUGAAGAAGUUGCUUGGAGCAUGAGAUGUGAUCAGUGGGACGGACUCUUCCGUGGCCGAAACUUUUAUUUUCUCCAUCUCCAACUGUGGGGUUUUGUGAUGGCUUUCCAUAAACACAUCUGUUUUGCGUGAUUAUUUGGGGGGUGGGGGUU